UAGCCCCCUGAAUGCUGCGGGUGAGCAUGCGUAGAAAGAUUGCAACCCAACAUGAAUCACAUCACCCCAACAUUUGGAGCGAACAACAACGCAACGUUAUCAUCAGUGUUUGACUCGGCAUUCCACUGGCAUCUGUUGGAAAAUUUGCCUAUCACUUGUCCACAGGUAUGAAAAGGCCUCGGAGUCCAACCCAGUUGCUGCAGAAAGGCAGUGGCGGUGGCCAUGGCGGAGGCGUGUGCUUGCCCUUCAACCUGUGUGGCGAGCUGCUACAGGAGCCCGAAGAAGGACACCCAGAUGGCCCUCAGCAGAAGAAAAGGCUGCUCUACUCCCUCUGCGAGGUGUGCAACCUUCAGCUCAACUCAGCCGCCCAGGCCCAGGUCCACUACAACGGCCGUUCCCACCUGCGCAGGGUCAAGCAGCUCAACAAUGGAGAGCUCCCCCCGAGCACAGGCAGCGGCACCAGUCCAGCACCGGCCAGCACUCUCACCUGCUCCAGCACAGGAAGUGACUUCCAUAGCAGCUGUCUCCCAGCGUUGGUGCGGACCCCUCCUGUUAUGAUGCAGUCCACUCUGGAUAUGAAGUCCUUCAUGUCCUUCCCGGUGGACACCACAUCAGCAGUGGGACUCUUCCCCAACUUCAACACAAUGGACCCUGUGCAGAAGGCCGUAAUUAAUCACACAUUUGGAGUCUCCAUCGCGCCGAAGAGAAAGCAAGUUAUUUCCUGCAACAUCUGCCAACUGCGCUUUAACUCAGAUAGCCAAGCCGAUGCACACUACAAAGGCAGCAAACAUGCCAAGAAGUUCAAAGCGCAGGAGACCCCUAAACAUAAGACCCUGAAGAACAACAGCACACCCAGCCAGGACAGAGGAAAGAGAUUCAUAUCCUCCACCACCUCCUCUUCCUCCUCCAGUAUUGCUGUCACUGCCUGCAGCUCUGAACAACCAGCUGCUGGCCUGGCAUUGGCGCCCUCAUCUAUCCUGUGUAAACCUCUGUGUGAGCCCACACCUGCCAGUCCGGCCCCAGAGAUGUCAAAGCCCACCCUCGCUAAACCAACCCCAGUGCCUGCUGUGCCUGCUGCCCCCGCCCCGUGCAAGCACUCCGACGAAUCAGAGGAGGAGAAGGCCAAGAAGCUCCUCUACUGUUCGUUAUGCAAAGUGGCCGUCAACUCCCUCUCCCAGCUCGAGGCCCACAACACAGGUUCCAAGCACAAAACGAUGCUGGAGGCGAGGGAUGGAGCAGGGCCCAUCAAAGCCUAUCCCAGGCCAGGGGCUAAGCUCAAGGUCCAGGCCACCAUCACCAAAGGCUCAGGCCUGCAGAAUAAGAUGUUUCACUGCGAAAUCUGUGAUGUCCACGUCAACUCAGAGAUCCAGCUCAAACAGCACAUUUCCAGUCGCAGGCACAAAGACCGAGUGGCCGGGAAACCCUUGAAGCCCAAAUACAGUCCUUACAGCAAGCAGCAACACGGCACCGCCACCACCACACUAGAAGCUAAACUGGCAUUCCAGAAGGACCUUCUGAAGCCCCUGUCUCAGGCUUUCCUCUCCAGCCCGUUCAUCCCCACCACAAUACCCUCCAUCUCCCUCCACCCGCGGCCCAACACCUCCAUCUUCCAGAAAGCCGCCCUCCCGCCCUCUUUCCUGCGAGCGGCUCCUGGCCCUAUCCGGCCAACAGGAGGGUCCAUCCUCUUCGCCCCAUACUGACUCCUCAUCCCGACCACCUGAGCACCAAGGGAGGUCCAGCUUCGUGUGUACAGUGUCCAUAUUAUGACAGCCUCCGAGUCACAAGUAGUUGGUGUCAAACUGUUCCUCAGAGAGCUCUGAGAUGUGUAUGAGAGGUGUUACCAUUGCAAUGUUCACACUGGUGCAGUCAGGAUUAUGGAGCUUGACCCGACAACAUGUUUCACCUAAACCUGCUGAACCUUAACCGAGGGGAGCAUUGAACUGUCUACACCCUGAUUGACUUGAGUUACGGCGGUUUCUCGGGCACAAUGUAAGGCCAACACCAGUCAUGUGUACGGUGACCUAUUAGGACAGCCUCAGUGUCAGGACUUCUUUCAAUCUCACCUUACACAUGAUCGGUGUGAAUUUGUGGUAGUGCUGGACAGCAGAUGAAGUGCUGUGUUGUUUUAGACCGAUGAUGGGGGCUAGCUUGUCUCCAGUGUUUGUAUGGUGGAGAAAGCUAUGGGAUACAGUGCCAUGAUUGACCUCAAAUCAGGCUUUUUUCUAACUCUUGUGGGCUGAACAACUGACACCAGCUGCGAAUUAACUCUUUCAAAUCCACAAUAAACAUCCCUGCAAAAUCUGGGAUGUUUUCCUUCGGUCCUUCAAUUUCAGUGUUAUUAUAAGAUAAACAACUGUUUGUUUUUCCAAAGACAAAAUGGAGAAUUGCACAUUAAUUAAUUAACCUGCCUGUUGUCUGGCAGGGACAUCAUGGGCGUUUGAUUUCUAUGUGAUGUCAACGUUUUUUCAGGGCACUGUAUUGUGACCCCUUAAUGCAAUAAUGUACAGAGUUUAAGAUACAUGUACAGUAUAUACAAAACUAUGUUAGGUAGUAUUGUAACAGAGUACUAGAAAUAGAGUUUAUGCACACAUUGUGGUUUGGAGAGUUCGGAAAAUACUGCUUUAAACUUUUUUUUAAAUCAAGAAACGAAAUAUGAAUGUUAGAAUUGUGCUCCUUUAAGUACGGAAUUGUGAGCUUAGGAUCAAAAUUGAAAAACUGCCAUCUCUGGAUGAUACAGUGAUGUCCUUUGCUAUGCAAGAAGUUGAUAACUAUUAUCACCACAUUUUAAGCAAUAUUGUGUACGGUUUUAACUGCGGCAACAACAGCAAGAUUUAACCUGUAUGGUGUUAAUAUUGCGACACCCUCAUUCUCAGCAGGACUUGUUUCAAUCUUAACAGGCAGUCCUAAUAUAGACACCGUCAAACAGAGUUGAUUACAAUAGAAGGUGGCUAGAUGUUUAUCCAUAGGAAUUCUUUGAAGGUAUGCCUUCAGAAAGUAUUCACACCCAUUGACUAUUUCCACAUUUUGUUGUGUUAGAAAAUGGGCUUAAAUUGGAUUUAAUUGUCAUUUUUGAUAACGUUCUACACAAAAUGUAAUGUGAAAGUGGAUAUCUUUUUUGAACAUUUGUAAAAACUAUUCAUGAAAAAUAAAACACUAAUAUAUCUUGAUUAGAUACAGUUGAAGUUGGCAGUGUACAUAUACAUCUUAGCCAAAUACAUUUAAACUCCGUUUUUCACAAUUCUUUACAUUUAAUCCCAGUAAAAAUGCCCUGUCUUAGGUCAGUUAGGAUCACCAUUCAGAGAAAAUGAUUUAUUUCAGCUUUGAUUUAUUUCAUCGCAUUCCCAGUGGGUCAGAAGUUUACAUACACUCAAUUAGUAUUUGGUAGCAUUGCCGUUAAAUUGUUUAACCUCGGUCAAACAUUUCGGGUAGCCUUCUACAAGCUUCCCACAGUAAGUUGGGUCAAUUUUGGCCCAUUCCUUCAGACAGAGCUGGUGUAACUGAGUCAGGUUUGUAGGCCUCCUCACUUUUUCAGUUAUGUCCACAAAUAUUCUAUAGGAUUGAGGUCAGGGCUUUGUGAUGGCCACUCCAUUACCUUGACUUUGUUGUCCUUAAGCCAUUUUUCCAGAAUUUUGAAAGUAUGCUUGGGGCCAUUGUCCAUUUGGAAGACCCAUUUGUGACCAAGCUUUAACUUCCUGACUGAUGUCUUGAGAUGUUUGCAAGCCUCCCCCUUGUUCCGCUAAACAUAACGAUGGUCAUUAUGGCCAAACAGUUCUAUUUGUGUUUCAUCAGACGAGAGGACAUUUCUACAAAAAGUACAAUCUUUGUCCCCAUGUGUAGUUGCAAACAGUAGUCUGGCUUUUUUAUGUUGGUUUUGGAGCAGUGGCUUCUUCCUUGCUAAGCGGUCUUUCAGGUUAUGUUGAUAUAGGACUCGUUUGACUGUGGAUAUAGAUACGUUUGUACCUGUUUUCUCCAGCAUCUUCACAAGGUCCUUUUCUGUUGUUCUGGGAUUGAUUUGCACUUUUCACACCAAAGUACAUUCAUCUCUAGGAGACAGAACGCAUCUCCUUCCUGAGUGGUAUGACGGCUGCGUGGUCCCAUGGUGUUUAUACUUGCGUACUAUUGUUUGUACAGAUGAACGUGGUACCUUCAGCCAUUUGGAAAUUGCUCCCAAGGAUGAACCAGACUUGUGGAGGAGGUCUACAAUUUUUUUCUGAUGCUGAUUUCUUUAGAUUUUCCCAUGAUGUCAAGCAAAAAAAAGGCACUGCGUUUGAAUCUUCUAAAGCCAUGACAUCAUUUUCUGGAAUUUUCCAAGCUGUUUAAAGGCACAGUCAACUUAGUGCAUGUAAUCUUCUGACCCACUGGAAUUGUGAUACAGUGAAUUAUAAGUUAAAUAAUCUGUCUGUAAACAAUUGUUGGAUUACCUGUGUCAUGCACAAAGUAGACGGCAGCAGUGUAGCCUAGUGGUUAGAGUGUUGGACUAGUAACCGAAAGGUUGCAAGUUUAAAUCCCCGAGCUGACAAGGUGUAAACCUGUCGUUCUGCCCCUGAACAAGGCAGUUAACCCACUGUUCCUAGGCCGUCAUUGAAAAUAAGAAUUUGUUCUUAACUGACUUGCCUAGUAAAAUAAAAAGUAAAAAUAUGUCCUAACCUACCUGCCAAAACUAUAGUUUCUUAACAAUAAUUUUUUGGAGUGGUUAAAAAAUUGAGUUUUAAUGACUCCAACAUAAGUGUAUGUGAAGUAAGUAUUCAACCCCAUGAGUCAAAACAUGCUAGAAUCAACUUUUGCAGCAAUUUGAGUCUUUCUGGGUAAUGCUCUAAGAGCUUUGCACACCUGGAUUGUACAAUAUUUGCACAUUAUUAUUUUUUUAAAUGUUCAAGCUCUGUCAAGUUGAUUGUUGGUUAUUGCUCGACAGCCAUUUUCAAGUAUUUUUAAGUCAUAACUGAAACUAGGCCAAUUAGUAACGUUCAAUGUCGUCUUGGUAAGCAACUCCAGUGUAUAUUUGGCCUUUUGUUUUAGGUUUUUGUCCUGCUGAAUGGCGAAUUUGUUCCCAGUGUCUGAUGGAAAGCAGACUGAACCAGGUUUUCCUCUAGAAUUUUGCCUGUGCUUAGCUCUAUUCCAUUUAUUUUUAUCCUAAAAACUCCCUAGUCCUUGCUGAUGACAAGCAUACCUAUAGCAUCAUUCAGCCACCACUUUGAUUGAAUAUAUGAAGAGUGAUACUCAGUGAUGUGUUUUAUGGAUUUGCCCCAAACGUAAUGCUUUGUAUUCAGGACAAAAAGUUAAUUUCUUUGCCAAAAUGUUUGCAGGUUUAAUUUAGUGCCUUAUUGUAAACAGGAUGCAUGUUUUGGAAGAUUUUAUUCUGUACAGGCUUCCUUCUUUUCACACUGUCAAUUAGGCUAGUAUUGUGGAGUAACUACAAUGUUGAUCCAUCCUCAGUUUUCUCCUAUCAUAGCCAUUAAACUAUGUAACUGUUUUAAAGUGACCAUUGGCGUCAUGAUUAAAUCCUUGAGCAGUUUCCUUCCUCUCCUGCAACUUAGUUAGGAAGGAUGUCUGUAUCUUUGUAGCGACUGGGUUUAUUGAUACACCAUCCAAAGUGUAAUUAAUAACUUCACCAUGCACAAAGGGAGUUUUAAUGUCCGCUUGUCCCUUGUCUUUGUGGUUGACUCUGUGUUUGAAAGUAAUUAUUGACUGAGGGAUCUUACAGAUAAUUGUAUGUGUGGGGUACAGAGAUUAGGUAGUCUUGCAAAAAUCAUGUUAUUGAGUCCAUGCAACUUAUUGUGACUUUUGUACUCCUGAACUUAUUUAGUCUUGCCAUAACAAAGGGGUUGAAUACUUAUUGACUCAAUACAUUUCAGCUUUUCAUAAAAAUGUGUUUUGUAAAAAGCUCUAAAAACAUAAUUCCACUUUGACAUUAUGGGGUAUUGUACAUAGGCCAGUGACAAAUUUAAUAAAUUUUAAAUUCUGGCUGUAACACAAAAAAAUGUGGAAAAAGUCAAGGGGUGUGAAAAAUUUCUUAAGGCACUGUGCCUCUAUGGGUCCACAGUGGGAUUUGUAAUAUGGCGUGUUAACCAGAAUUUACAAAGUCCUCCUAAACAAAUUGGUACCAUACAUGGGUAUUUCUAGAAUAUUAAGUCAUUUACACUGCUCAGAUGAGACAACAGAGGUUAUUUGUGAGGAUGUGGGGACUUGAUAAGUGUAUAAGAUGUAUGUAUGAGAAAAAAGUAUACAUUGAAAGUAUUUCAAUAAAAUAAUAUAUUUGUUUCACAACCA